ACUGCUGGUCAGAUAACACAUAGCAGAGCUAUUGGUACUACGUUCUUGGAUCAAAGAUUGUAUUGAUUAUAUAUUUUCUGGAAUACAACUCUCCUUCCUACAGGGCUAAAGCCGCUAUGCACUGUCAAUACAUCCUACCGUUAUCUCUGUUAACUCUGCUCUCCCUGACAGGCACACUGGCCCAGACCUGGUCUGUUUGGUACCGUGACAAGACUGCUGUUAUCUGUGCAUCAAAAGGCUCAUCAGUGGCAUUUGACUGUACAUACAGCUACCCAGCUACCCAGCAAGUUAUAAGAAAGCUAUGGUUCACUCCGAGAGGUGGUAAAAAACUAGACGGCUCACAGCAGGGAGAUGUAGUGUAUGACACAUCUAGACUGAUUAAGACAAGAUACAGUGGAAGAACAGAGUUUUAUGACCAAGACAAUAACUGCACACUGAAACUCAACAAUGUGACUGAAGAUGACAGUGGCAGAUUUUUCUUCAGAUUUCACUCAAAUCAGGGAUUUACAGGACCAGGGGGUGUAGACCUGAACAUAUCAGUCUUAUCCCUAAAGUUAAAUGAAAAUGGCCCUGUUAAGGAGAGAGACCACGUCACCCUGGCCUGCACCUCCAACUGUAACCCUCCUCAAAUGGAGUUCCUCUGGUUUAAAGAUGGCCGCCCACUCCCUGGUGUCUCUGGUGUCCCUGGUGGGCAGUAUCCCCUAGGUCCACUUUCCCCUAAUGACACUGGGUGCUACACCUGUGGUCUGGGGCAAGGCACAUCUACAUCAAUACUGCUGGAUGUGAUAUAUGCUUCAAGGGACGUUUCUUUUAAGGCCAGCCCGAGCCCUGAGGUAGUGAAAGGCAGUCAUCUGACUCUGACCUGCAGCAAUAACGCCAACCCUGCAGCAGAGACCUACACCUGGUUUCAGAGGACAGGACUGCUAACUUCACUAAGAUUAGGGACGGGGAAAGAACACACCUUCAACCAAAUGUUAUUUCAAAAGAUAUACCAUACUGGCAUUGACAUCCACCAACUGUUGGUUUGGUUUGGUUUGGUUUGGUUUGGCCCACAGUGGAAAGCAUGACAGGCCUCUCGCUUUGUUUUAUCAUCCACAGACGGAAGUGGAUCACGGCCGAGAAGAAGCUUCCGACCAAACCAGUCCCCCAGAUACAGAAAGCAACCUUGUCUACACCAGAGGACAUCUAUGAAAAUAUGAGACGGUCAGCCAAGCCGAUCACUGAUCCUGAUGAUCUGAACUACGCAGAGCUCAAAAUCAGGCCUGCUCCUUCACCCAGGUAAAUAACCACAGAGUGAGUGAGACUCUCAAAGUAAAUUGCACAAGGAUUUUCUUUUGUAUCAAAACACUUGCAUAAUAACUUGCAAAAAACGUGUACGCAAUAAUGCAAUAACAGGCUUACAUAUCGUAGUGUCUGUAAUAUAGUAAUAACUACUGGGUAAAUACAAAUGUAGGUCUGCACUAAAACCUGUUCCCCUUAAAAGGAGGCAGCAUAAUAACAAGGCAGAGGAUGAUGAUGCAGUUAUCUACAGCCAACCACAAACAUACUGAGGUGGUCAGAGAACUUUGAUAUCUAGACCACAAGGCCUACAGUAGGGUUGCCCAACCCUGUUCCUGGAGAGCUACCCUCCUGUAGGUUUUCACUGCAACCCCAGGUGUUACUAACCUGA